AUGAAUACUUAAGUUUCGAAAAUCAAUUUGAUGACAGAUAUCAUUAUUUUAAAACAGUAUAGUUUUGAAUAUUAAUUUAGGUAGCAUCACUGUUAUAUAAUUGAAAUAUUUCAACACCAAAUAAUUAAAAGGGCUUUUCAUUCUUAGGUAUGAUUAAAAAUUAAAACAAAACUCCACAAAUUAUUCAUCAGUAAACUUUAACAAACUAAUUCAUAGUUUGAAGUUAAAUAACUGCAUCCUGAACAAAUUUUAAUCCAAGACAACUAUGAAUGAAUCAAAUGGAAUAUAUGGGUUUAAUAAUUCUGGAGAUUUAGUUUUAUUUUAAUUAAUUAUACAUUAAAUUUACAAGAAAUUUUAUUUAAAUAGGUUUUGUAUUAUAAAAGUCAAUGAAUAAUAAACUACUCAACUUUCAAAAAUUAAGAGUAAUCUAAUGGAUGCCAUGAAGGACUUGGGUUACAAAAACUAUUUCAUCUCUAAAUCAUACUUAAAGUUGAUAUAAUGUCUUAUUAAAUUAACAAUUGCAAACUUCCCAUACCAAAUCUUUGAAUUUCGGUUGAAUAAAGGUUUAAUCUAAUAAAGAUUCUUAUUCAAAUUUAGAUAUUGCAUUAAAAUUUUCAACCCCAUAAGUAAUGUUAACCUUUUUAAAUAUCAUAUUAUGAUGUAUGUCAUUUUUUUUAUAAUUUAAUUAUAUAAUUAAUUAAUCUAUUAAGCUCAUUCAAUUCUAUGAGGGUGAUAAAUAUUAGAAUAAACUAAACUUUAUCAACUUAGAACAGACUUAGAGUGCUUUUAAUUAAAGAUAUCAAUUGGAUUAUUAGAAUCUGUAGGUGCAGACAAAAUAUCACUCUAUAAUAAAAUUACAUCAUCAUAAGAAAAAACAAGUGGAGGUGGAAAUCAAGCAACUUUUGGGUGUUUGUAAGAACAAGUCUAGUUAUGAAUUUAAGUAAUAGAUACUCCUUGGUUUAGAGCCAAGAUAAAACAAAUUAGAUUAUAUUUCUGGGUGUUCUUUGCGUUCUAUCAGAAGGGCCCAUUAAAAGAUUUGCAAUUCUUAUUAGAUUUGCUAAAACAACCGCAAUUAUAGAAGCUGUUAUCGGUAUUAUAGCACUAUUUAUGAAUUAUAGACACAUGAUCACAGUAAUUGUUACAUAUUGGGGUUAUUGUGAUAAAGAUAUGAAACAGAAAUUAUAAAAAAUUUAAAAUCGAAAAAUGUAGAGUAUUAAAUCAACUCAGUGAUGUUUUUUGGUAAUAACACUUCCGAGAGCCUUUGCCAAUAAAUUGAUCAAAUUAUUGAUAAAUUGAGGGGAGAAAGUGUGAAUUAACAAAUACUGAAAUCUUCGAAAAUUUUGAUAUGGUAUAUUAUGAUACGUAUGAGUUUGAUGAAAUUUGGAGGUAGGAAUUUUAUUUUUAAGGUUAUUACAGAAAGUUUUUAUGUGUUCAAAAACUUUUAAUGGGACAAUAUUUCAAAGAAAUUAUUAAUAGAUUGCUGUUAUGCAUAGUUUAAUUUGCAAAAUUUCUGUUAUAGGUAACGAUGAAAGAAUUUGAGAGAAUGUAUUAAAAAGAAUAGAUUUUUUGAUUGAAAAUGACUAACUUAGGCUUUUCAAACUCAUUUUGAACUUAAGAAUGAUUGUUUUAAAUAUAUAAAGAUAUUGUAGAUAUUCUGAACUUUCAAAGUUUACUAAGGAAACCAAUUCGCUCAAGUAUAUAAAAAAAAAGUGCAAAUAUUGUGGUCAAAUUUUGGUUCUCAUUAAUUCGUUGUGUUGGUGA